CACCGGCGAGGCGGCAGAUCUAUCCGAUCUCUCGGAUCAGUCGAUCGCGCGCGCGAAAAGCACGUCGGAACCGCUCUGCGGAUGUCACUCGCGCCCGCAACUGACGCGGUGCAAUGAUCCUGAACGUAAUAAAUCGGUUGUGACCUCCUUCGGGGCCUUAGCCCGUCGUCAUCCCCCCCGGGUCAUCGUGGGGGGCCAGCAUUCGGUUCACCGUGCACAAUGCUUGUGCAGCCCGCCCUGACGGUUUCCAGUGAUUCGCGCGAAAGGAUCGUCGUGUGUCGCGAUGCGCUAUCGAACGGUUCGCACGUGCCUCGAUAAUCGUUCGCGAGAAGAGGUGUUUCCUCGCCGAGUUUGAUUUUCUGGAGAACGCGAAGAGGAGGAAGCGAAGUGGAGGAAAUCCUGAAAAUCCAGGGAGAUAAUCGCGGAUUUUCAUAAGCAUUUUUUCUCCUAUGACAUUGGAAGCAUUUUAAAUUCCAAACUUCCCACUUUCUUCAAGUUUGACCCCGAAAAGCUGAAGAAAGAAAAAAAAUUAAAAAUAGAAUAUCUCUUUAGUUAUUAAUGCUGUAAAGCUCUAGAUAAUUUAAUUGCAUUAACACAGAAGUAAUUUUAUUCCUUAACAAUUCCCCACACAGACAAACUUACGCGAGAAAUAUAAUCACACGCGAGAAAAAUAAUACACACGUUUCUUCCACACUUGGUAACCAGAAAAAUUAUGGACGUCGUCUCAGUGUCUGAAUAAAAUCAAGAUGAUUCGUAUCGUGGAAAGGCAUAGCGCAGUUACGAAGGCCGCGGGAUGAAGACUCGCAAGGCCUAUCCCGACGUUCCUCGUGCUACGUCUCACCUAAAGUCUUGAAGCGACGUGCCCUUGAAGCCUGAAGGAUGUCUUUGGGGCAACGUAUUUCCGGCGCGGUUGCGGCUCUCCGUGGUACCUCGUCGGAGACGAAGGAGAGCGGCGGUCACACGUCGUGCGUAGAGGAGAUCGAGAAGAUGACGUCCGAGGAAGAGGUCGAGGCCAAAGCGCAGCACAAAGUGAUGGCGCUCGACAGGUUACAGAUGGUGAUAGAAUGGAUGGGAAGUAACAUGCUUUUGGUACUGACCAUCGCUGGAGUUUUGAUGGGUCUGGGUCUCGGGUUUCUGGGUCGAUUGGCCAAUCUCACGCCGCAAUCUAUAACCCUCGUCAGCUUCCCGGGAGAGCUUCUUAUGCGGAUGCUGAAGAUGUUUAUCCUGCCACUCAUCAUCUCAUCGUUAAUUUCCGGAAUGGCACAGCUGGACGUUCAAAGAUCAGGAAGGAUAGGAUUCAGAGCUUUAACUUACUACUCGAUAACGACUAUUCUCGCCGCUAUAGUAGGCAUCGCGAUGGUGCUAAUGAUUCAUCCGGGUAAUCCGCAGAUCAAAACUUCGGUCGCGGCGGUGGUGAGGGCCGAGGAGACGAAGGUCUCCACUGUAGACGCAAUUCUCGACAUAAUUCGAAAUAUGGUGCCAGAGAACCUGGUGCAAGCAUGCUUCCAGCAGGUUCAGACCUCCUACGUGAAGAAAAAGGUGGUCGUAAUCAGCGGCAGCAUGAAUCAAACCGAAUAUAUAUUGGAGCCGGCCUUGGUUUACAAAGACGGCACGAACGUGAUGGGGAUGAUUGUGUUUUGCAUCAUCUUCGGCGUGCUCGCGGGCCAGAUUGGACCACGCGGCCAACUAAUGGUGGAUUUUUUUGUGGUGUUGAACGAUAUUAUCAUGAAACUCGUCACGAUUGUCGUCGUCUGGUAUUCUCCUUUCGGAAUUAUGUGUCUGAUAGCUGGAAAAAUCAUGUCGAUCGCGAAUUUGGCGGCAACCGCUCAGAUGUUAGGUCUGUACAUGGUGACAGUUAUACUAGGCCUAAUGAUCCACGCAAUCAUCACGCUGCCACUAAUCUACUGGUUUAUAACUCGAAAGAACCCAGCGGUGUUCUUCAGAGGCAUGAUGCAAGCCUGGGUAACGGCGCUGGGAACCGCUUCAAGCGCGGCGACCUUGCCUUUGACUUUUCGUUGUCUCGAAGAAAACAAUAAAAUCGAUCCACGAGUGACACGCUUUGUUGUUGCGGUCGGUGCCACUGUAAAUAUGGAUGGCACAGCUCUUUAUGAAGCUGUGGCCGCGAUCUUCAUCGCACAAUUGAAUGGAAUCUCAUUGGGAUUUGUUGAAGUCAUUACCGUCAGUCUUACGGCUACUUUGGCAAGUGUUGGAGCAGCAAGUAUUCCUAGCGCAGCUUUGGUCACCAUGUUGUUGGUGCUAACUGCCUUGGGUCUCCCUACGGACGACGUCUCCCUAUUAUUUGCUAUCGAUUGGAUGUUGGAUCGAAUCAGAACCUCGAUCAACGUUUUGGGCGACGGUUACGGAGCUGGUAUAGUUUAUCACUUAAGCAAAGCGGAGCUAGAUAAGAUGGACGAAGAAAGGAGACUGGAGGGUUUGGAAACCGGAAAGCCCCUCGAGAUCACAACCGAGGUCUGUCGAGAGGAAGCCGGAGAGCAUGAACAAACUGCCGAGACGAAAAUCUGAGAUAUGCAUUUAAAUUCAGCGAAGUCGUGACGUUGUUUCGAUAGGAAUUUUAUCCGUCAGUUCGCAAGAACUAUUACUCGUCUCUGUGUUAAGUAUAUUCGUAUAAUGCAACUGACUUUCACUGCCGAAAUCCAGUUUUUCCCGUGAGUUAAAUUUAACAUACAUCAAAGUAAGCUAUAUGUACAAUUAAGAACUGUAGGGCACGAUUUGAGUCUUAUUUAAUAAUAUACGAACAUAGGUUUCCGUUUUUGUAGCGAGUGUUCGCUAGCGAAUGGAUAAAAGCGUUAAAAACACUGAAGUAGAAAAUGUGAGCAUGUCAAGUACAAACUAACGGAAGUUGUAUAUCAAUUUGUUUUUUUUUCUUAGUGCGUGAGAUUUUUUUGCUUUAGAGUAUCAAAAAAUGUAUGCAAAAAUAAUCAUGUACAGUAAAUAAAAAUAUAAAAUGCAAGAAAUUAUUAUAAAUUGUAUCUAGCAAGAAGAAAGUCGUCAAAGCGCUUAAAAUGUUCAUCGUUCGACGAUAUUUAAAAAAGAAAUAUUACUCCACGAAUAAAUGUGUUUUGUUUCAGUGAAGGUGAUAAAAAAUAUUAAUUAUUAAUUAAAAUGAUUAAUUUAUAAUGAGUUUGCAGCCGUUGCAUGUAUAUGUAUAUUGGUUACCAACAGUCUUUAUAAAACAACUGUAAUUUACUAAUUAAUAAUUUAUUAUGCAAAUAUAUAUAUCUAUAUAUAUCAUA